AUGACGAAUACCAUGGCCUUCAAAGCUGCUUCUGUACUGAAGGUCAGGUCUGGUCCUUGUUCCACUGAUGCUUCUGCCCAGCUGGACCAGGGCACUGUUCCUGCCUUGUCUAUAUGCUCCGGCUCCCCGGCCUGUGGGAUGAGUGGGGAUGCACAGAAACAGUGCCAAAACCACAAGUUUCAUGUUUUUCAUUAUGGCUUGCUGAAGGAUCUCAAUCAGCUUCUGAAAGCGCUAAUGGAGGGAGUCAGCUUCAGGGCUGACGAAGGCCGCCCCGGCCUCACAUCGUUCUUCCCCAAGAGGCUCUGCUGGGGCCAUUCAGAGAGAGAAAUGCACUCGGAGUCCUACAGCACUUCGGCACCGGAUGUUGACCUGAAAGCAUGUCAGGAAGCUUUGGAUGACUGCUGUCCACACCAAGGAGAUGAUCAGCUGGAACUGCAAGAAGAGGAGGAGGAAGACAUAAAUCAAAGCAACCGCAACCAUGUAGAUUCCCUUCUCUCCUUAGAGGGCUAUUUACAGCUUCUGUCAUCGCAGAUGGAAAACAUGCUAGAGGCGAGUGUACUGGAAAAUACACAAGUUGCUACUUCCAGUAGAGGUCAAGACCCAUUGUCCUCACACCACAAUAUAAGUUUGACCCAGACACUUUGCCACUGUUUCACUCCUCAUGAUGCCACGCUGCUAAGAACAGACUACCCCACUCAAUCAAAUUCAGAAACAAGACAUUUACAAAGGCAAGAAUCUUUUCCUCAGUCAAGAUCUAAUAUCACAAAUCCAGAAUCACUACUUCAUGGGUCAAAUUUGACAGCUGCUGACAUUAGAAACCUAACGGCUCAUGAUGAUAAUUUUGAUGAAAUUAAACUCAUGUCUUUGGCUUUGGAGGAAGGCUUUGAUCCUACAGAAGUUUCUCAGCUCUUUGAAGAACCUGGCUCAGAUUUGGGACUGUCUUUGAAUUUGAGUCACAGCACUGCCUCUUACUCAGUCUGCAGUGAAGGUGCUGCUGGGUACAGCAGUGAUGUUAAAUCUGUUUCUUCACAUGGCUUAGGAGCUGUUGGUGGCCAUAGCCAAGAACACAGUAAAUAUGGCCAUGUGGAAUAUCCAGGUGAUUCAGAGUGUUCUAGAGAAGCCACACUUCAGCAGUUUCUUUAUAACCACACUUACAAUCAGCUACCAAGUCAAGCAGCAUCCACUCCGGGGCAUCAGCAGCAGAUACGGAUGGAGAAACCAAACGAAGUAAAGGAUAGGUGCCAUAAUUCUACUGAUAAAAACCUUAGCAGCGAUGAACGCCGUGCAAAAGCUCUGAGAAUACCAUUUUCGGUAGAUGAAAUUGUGAGCAUGCCCGUCGACUCUUUCAACACCAUGCUAGCAAAGAACCAUCUGACAGAUACUCAGGUAUCACUUCUACGUGACAUCAGACGAAGAGGAAAAAACAAAGUUGCUGCUCAAAAUUGCCGUAAACGUAAAUUGAAUGCAAUUCUUAACUUGGAAGAAGAUGUAUGUAAUCUUCAAACACAAAAGGAAAGCCUUAAAAAGGAGCACUCUCAGUGCAGCAGAUCAAUCAGCCGGAUGAAGCAAAAGUUAAACAACUUGUACCGUGAUAUUUUCAGUAGACUGAGGGAUGACCAGGGUAGACCUGUUAACCCGUGCCAGUAUGUCAUUCAUUGCAGUAGCGAUGGCAGUGUUUUCGUAAUACCCAAACACUUGGUCAAAUCAGGACAGAAACAAGGUAACGAAAAAGAGCAGAAACAAAAAUAAGAUGGCUGAAGAUCACCUAGGUUUUAUUUUUCCUGAAAGAAUAGUAAGGCUAUUUGGGUGAAGACUGGAGGUCAGUGAUUACAGUAGUAAAAACAGAAAAGACUACAUUUGAGGUGGAAGACCGUGUGUUUGAAGGCCUGGCAAACCCAGCCGAUGGUGAUCUGUUAGAAAGACUACCAGCUGAGGCUUCUAAAUGAGGAAAUCUGUUUAGUUUUAAUUAGAAUUAAAGGAGCUAGGCCAUCAGUGUAAGUGUAGUUAUAUAGGCCUGUGUAAAACCAUGAAUUUAGUUUCUGGUGAUGGGGGAGAAUAUCAAGUGAGGGGAAAAAAACCAAGCUUUAGAUCAAAGUUAUACAUGGAAGAAAAAUGUGCUUUAGUCUUAAGUACUUGAUUCUUCAUACACAAAGUGACCUUAUUUUAUUCUUUUUUUAGCACUGAAAGAAAAAAUUGUAGUUGAAGUUCAUCUGCACCUUAAAUUCACUGUGGAUUUAUGUAUUCCUAAGAGAUACUCUGUGCUUUGCAUUUGCACAGAACUGUUCUGCUUUUCCUAGUUUUCUUUUAAGGGGAGAGGCCCAGGAGGCUAUUGCAUUUUUCCUCACUACUUUCACCAUCAUAGCUCCCAGUAAACAUAACAUACCGAUUAAUUUCACAAUUCAUAUGGUCAAUCUGCAAAUAGAUUCUGAAAAAUAAUUAAUAUCUGAUUCAAUAUUGUCUUACCUUCAUCCUCUGCAACUGAAUCAUUCUCAACUUUCUUCCAUGAAAAUUGAGUUACUGUUCUGUUUCCUAGUCUAUGAUAUAUUUACUUGCGUACCUUCCCUUUUACCCCCAUUUGGAUACCUUCCUC